AUGAAGUUUUUUCAAUUCAUUACAAGAAUUUUUCUCUCAAGUAUUGUGCCCAGCAGCAAUAGCUCUGACUGCUCGGAGAGAGAAUUUGGUCAUUAUAAUCCCAAGGUCGACGAGAAGAAAGCAAUCGAAUCUAACGGCUAUGAACCCGGGCUUCGCACGAAGAAAGCAGUCGAGGCCGUCAAGGGCAGACCAUUGAAGCCGGGUUUCUACUUCGUCCGCAAGAAGGGCUCCCGCACUGUUUGGGUAGAGAAGCGCGACGGAAAUGGGCGCACGACCUUUUCAACACAGCCUGGUGCCGAGAUAAUAAAACACAGUAAAAAGAGAAAGCAUCAUAAGCAUCAUCGUAGCAGUGAUAGGACACCGACAAACUACCUGUACGGCCAUCCGUCUGAGGUACAUACGAAAUCGCUACGUAUGGCAGCAGAAUAUAUUCCUUAUCAACGGUCUGAAGCGACUACCAGAUCGCAGAGUAUAGCUCCAGGAUAUGACCCUGAUCAACUGUUCAGGUCGGCCUCAGCUCCUUCAGAAUUUCUUGUUGCGACUUCAUCAUCAGCACAUAGUGACCAGAUGACUUCAAUAUCUAGGAGAUGGAGGAACGGGCAUCCACCUGGGCGCGACUACUAG